CGGGGGGUUGGGUCAUUGUCUUUUAGAAUUUGGGAGCCUUUGAAAAGCCGUGGGCCCUCCCACCGCUAUUGUGCGGGGGAAGAUGUAGCAGCCUCUUCUCCGAACCACCCCUUUGCCUCCGGACUUCUCUGGGGCCAGCAGCCGCCCGACCUGGGGCCCAGGGCCACGGGCUCAGCCGACGACCAUGGGCUCGGUGUCCAACCAGCAGUUUGCAGGUGGCUGCGCCAAGGCAGCGGAGAAGGCGCCCGAGGAGGCGCCGGCUGACGCGGCCCGGGCGGCAGACGAGCCGCAGCUGCUGCACGGGGCCGGCAUCUGUAAGUGGUUCAACGUGCGCAUGGGGUUCGGCUUCCUGUCCAUGACCGCCCGCGCCGGGGUCGCGCUCGACCCCCCGGUGGACGUCUUUGUGCACCAGAGUAAGCUGCACAUGGAAGGUUUCCGGAGUCUCAAGGAGGGUGAGGCGGUAGAGUUCACUUUCAAGAAAUCUGCCAAGGGUCUGGAAUCCAUCCGCGUCACUGGCCCUGGUGGAGUGUUCUGUAUUGGGAGUGAGCGGCGGCCAAAGGGGAAGAACACACAGAAACGAAGAUCUAAAGGCGACAGGUGCUAUAACUGUGGUGGUCUAGACCACCAUGCCAAGGAAUGCAAGCUGCCGCCCCAGCCCAAGAAGUGCCACUUUUGCCAAAGCAUCAACCAUAUGGUGGCCUCAUGUCCACUGAAGGCCCAGCAGGCCCCCACUUCUCAGGGGAAGCCUGCCUACUUCCGGGAGGAAGAGGAAGAGAUCCACAGCCCUGCCCUGCUCCCAGAAGCCCAGAAUUGAGGCCCAGGAGUGGGGGCUAUUCUUUUGUUAUUGGGGAGUUUCAAGGAGGAGGCAUCAAUCAGCAGGAUGGAGAAAGUGGGAUGGGGUGGGUUGCGGGUAGCUGGCAUUGCCGUGGUUCUCAGGCCGGGGUUCCCAGUAUCACCCUGUCUUCCCUUGGUGGGGGGAAAGGGAGAGUCAAUGGAAACUCCAACCAUGCUUUAUCUACAUGCAAGGGAAGGAACCUGCAUGCCUUAGCUGAGGCUUGAACCCAACACAACAUGCUUUUGAAAGUGGCUGGGAUAGGAAAGUCCUUCUGUAGAAGGCUGUGUGAUAUUUCCCUUGCCAGACAGGGUGUGAAACAAGUGUAAAACCACAUCAAUGAACCUAACCCUCCAGCUACUACAUUCUGUGGGAGGGACUCGCAGGAGCCAGGCAAGGGUUUUCUUUCCACAUCUUGCUUACUCAUAACCCAGUCCUGGGGUGCGGUGCUGGGAACAGUGUCCAGCAGUGGGUUGUGAUGACAGGCAGAGGGUAGUUGGGCGGGGGGGACAGUCGCAGACCUGC